AUGCAGAUGGACACGAUGCAAUCACAUUUUUUAAGAUUCAUAUCUCAAAAUAAUUUGGAGGAACCUUUAAAAACAAUACUUUUAGGGGCUUGCAAAACAGCAACCACUUUUUCUUCAUAUCUCUCACAAAAUCGUGAGUAUCUCCAACAAUCUACAAAAAAUAUAACUGAAUUUUGCUUAAACGAAGUCUAUAUUGACCAGUAUUUGCGCAAAAAAAAUUUAAAAACUGAAAAGUAUGAUAAAAAGAAUUUGCGCACGCUAACUUAUGUGGAUAAAGGAACAAUUUUCAAAGAACAGAUAAAUGAAAUUAAAUAUGGGCUAGAAUUUGAAUCUAAAUCAUAUAUAUACAAACACAAGCAUAUAGUCAAUUCUGUCCCCUAUAUUCAAGAUAUAUAUCUUGGAUAUAAGUUUUGUGAACAUUCAAAAAAGGUUUGUUUUGUUUUGAAAACGAUUCGUGAGAAUUUUAAAAUAAAAAAUAUUUUUGUCCAACGUGAUGAUAUUGGGGAAUUAAAAAAAAUAGAUACUUCUAUUAUGGAUUUGGUGUUUUACGUUGACAAAAAAUGUUUAUUCAGUAAUGUAGAUAUUAAAAUAUUUUUAGUGCAUAAUAACAUAUCGGAUGACUCGACAAUCUUUAAUUGCGAUUCAUUUAAAUUCAAACGCUUCAAUUUAAAAGCACCGGAUCAAAAAUUCGUAUAUGAAAUGGCACCUUACAUUUCAGAAGAUUUUAAAAUUUUAUACUCUAAAAAAGAAGAACAACAAAUCAAAUAUUUGUGCCAGAUUUCUCCAAAGUUCGAGUCAUAUAUAUCUAAUGGCAAACAAUUAACCCGAGAAAAUAUGUGUGAAGUUUUAAAAUAUUUAUUAACGUUAGAAGAUUUGGAGAUUUUAAAACCAUAUAACAAUUUAAUUCAACACAACAUAUGUAUUAAUGAAUUCACAAAACCUGGAAAAAUAUGUGGAUGA